AUGGUGGCAUCAAAUAAACCACCCCAACAACAUCGUAGCCCGGUUAUAAUCUACACACAUUCUCCACGUGUUAUACAUACUCAGCCUAAAGAUUUCAUGGCAUUGGUGCAAAAGCUUACCGGGCUCUCUCGCUCGGAGGAGGACGACGGGAGCAAAAAUGGCAAAAAUGCCUCGUCGUCUCAAUAUCAGACCCCGAAGAAGGAGCCUGUGAGCUGCAACUAUGGGAUGUUGAUCGGAGACAAAGAGAAUGAUCGAAAAAAUGUUGUUUUGCUUAGAAAUGAGGACAAUGACACAUCCUCAUCGGUGAUCACCGAUGAGAAUAAUUAUGGUAACAACGUCGGUGAAAAUCAGGUUAACUCGUGUUUCAUUCCAUCAGAUACAUUGAUGUUGGAGCCUCCGUUGAACCCUUACAUGACAAACUUCUUGGCGUCGAGCUCAGCCGAGUUCAUGUGCUCAAGUCAGCCCUUAUUGAACUACUCAGAUUCAUUUUUCUCACAUAACAUGAGGACCUUGGGAGGGAUGAAAGAGUUUGGUGACUAUUGA